AAAAUAGUCGGGGCUGAGUUUUGAGUUGCACCUUGCGUAUGCAGCGCCCACCUCCACCGGUAAUUGCAAAAAGAAAAUAUGACUGAUUUUUAUGAUGAGAGAGGAGGAGCACACCCAGCACACAGAGCGUGAGAGUUGAAAUUGGUUUGCAAACUCUGACAUUUUGUCCAGAAUGAGGAAAGAAAGCAAAAUGGAAAAUGGAGUCCUCGACGACCUCGGGGGAAUGAUACAUAUUAUAUAUGGCUUCUCUAUUUGUUAUCGUGUCGUUGUACUUGGCAUCUUCGACGAUUCUCACUCCUGUUCGUUUUAUUUACUCGUAAUCGUAUCGUCUAUUCUUUUCAAUCGUAAAAACGCAAUUAAGAAAAUCGAAGAGGAAAACAGGUGUGACGGGGAAUGGCUUGUAGGAUAAAUUUUUAGCGGUAGAUAUAUCCAACGAGAUAGUACUAGGAAUUAGAUUUUGUGAAUUCGUACUUGCAUUCAUUGUAUGAUCUCUACCUCAGUUGUCGUAUCCAGUCGCUCAAAAUGUUGAUUCAAUCUCUCUCAUAAUUCAAACCUAAUUCUUCUGAUGGUAUUGAAUAAGAAGUGUGAGAGAAGAGUUACAAAGAAAAGCCUAUAAGCAUUUGGGAAUCAGUUGGACUUCAAAUCGCAUGGCCAACUGCCGAUUGUGCUGCCCGCAAUGCAGUGGGCGAGGGAAAGAAGCUGAACGGUAAACCACAUUUGCUCGUGCUGGGAGCGCAAUGAGCUUCGAAUCGGGCGGCUCAUCCGCGUCCUCCGCAGCAGGACGGCGGCAUGAUGAAUGCGCCAGGAGUGGAUCGCCGCCACGGACUUCUACGAGAAGAAGGACUGCUUUUGUCAACUUGCACCAACCUUUGUUCGAUAAUACUGGGAACGAAGAGGCAACUUUCAAUAGAGAGGACGAUUACCGCGUGCACUAUGCCGCUGGGACGUCUAAGAGACCCAACACAGAGACGACACUGCCGCUGAAUGAUGGUCAGGCAGGUCAGCAUACUCACCCGAGUGCGAUACUUGUCUCAAGACUUUCAAUAGGCGAUGGCGAUAAUGCGGUGAGCGACAGAGGGCAACUACAAGCGGACAAUCGGUCUGCAUUUUUGGGGAAGCCUGAAUUUGUGGUCGAACGCGAAGAUGGUGUUGGGUGGCCAUGGCGACGUCCAACAGAAAUGGAUCCCAGAACGUUUGCAUGUAGCGUGAUAGCACUGGAAAGCGCGGGGACGGCUGUCAGGACCGAUGCAGACAAGGAGGCAGAUGAGAGGCAAGAAUCACCGUCGAAACUAUGUCAGAAGAGUUUCCCGGAUUCGUGUAAGAACGAGCAACGGAAUAUGAGAGUCACGCCUCCAGCCUCGAAAGGUACGCCCAAAGCAAGUAGAAGAGCACCUUCUGGUGACAGUCCUAGACGAUUAUAUGAAAGAAUAGUAGCAAUUGCAAAUACAUCAACGUCGAACAAAGCCUCUAGAAAGACAUACGACGCUGCGGACAAGCACAAGCAGAGCAACCCAUGCUGCAGCGAUGUAGACGACCAUUUUGGGAAUCCUCUUCUACAACUCCAUUCUACUGGUGUGCAAUCUUCUCCGGCUACGAUGAUAGGCCAAGCAGAACCACUGGUGAGUCACGUAGUUGAGAUGAACCAAGACGAAUCAGGACAAGAUGUUAAAGCAAAAGCUAGUUCUCGUUUCUCUUCUACUAGAACUACUACUCGUGAGAGACGGAGAUUGCAUCAUCGCUACAACCAUGACAACGCAGAAGAAUUUUUAUCUCUCAAUCCUGCCGCGCGAUGCCGGAAGCGACAGAGUCAGAAACGAGAGCUCAUCAUAUGUAGCGACGGCCUGUCUUCUUCUGAACGAACACGAAAACACGAGAGAAGCGGAAGAGGCUUUCUUAUCACGACCGCUGUUGUAGGUGCACGGUUGACCGGGAUCCUUAGUGGUGAUCUUGGCGCUUUUGCUACUCCUACCUCAACAGCGGCAGCGGAUAGAGCGCUUGUCGAUGAUAUUACUUCGUCGGGAAAACAGAGAGGCACAUUGAGCCUAGAUCACGACAAAUCACUUCCGGCAAGCGUCAGACGAGCGCAGGACGAGACUGGCGAUGUCAGUGGCAGUGUCAUCGGCACUUCGCUUUCAGCAGCCGCGGCGGCUGCCGCAGCAUCGGCUGCAGGAGAUAGUAAGGGUAAGUUAGGCGAUGUGUUUUCCUCCUCAGCAGAAAAGAAGGAUUCCGACGCCGCCGAAGAAGCCCCAGCGCGAAAAAGGGCUCGAAGACGGGCUGCCGCUGAGGAAUACGAUUUUCAUAGUGACGGCGUGACUUCGCUGCCAAAGAAUGGGGACACAAGUUCAAGUCUCGGAGCCGAGAGCAUUGCCAAUUACGUACGCAACGAGGAUGGUAGUAUAGUAUCGCCGAGCUUUUUCGACGCGCCUGCACAACAAGAGGCUCUCCAGAACAAUGUCGGUGAGGAAAAUGAUUUGGUGCCAGCUUGGUGGAAGCGAAAAUUCGAAGAGCGGGUCGCCGCGGACAGCAAGGUUGCGGAUUUGCCUUCCCUCAAGGGACUGCAAGGCCGCGAACUCGCGGAAGCCGAGGCCGCGCGACAGUUGCAAGUAGCCGCUGUGUGGCAGGAUGUGUGCACCGAAGACGCCUACGUGCAGUUCCGCAAGGAGCUGUGCCCACCGACGUUUCCCGUCUCGUCUUUAGCCUACAAUCCCACGGGACCAGGAUUGACGACGAAAUUGACGGUCAUUUUGCGUCCAAGCAUCAACCUCCUGAUGGUGCCCAAUAGCCUCGAACCGAUUGAAAUCGAAUUCAGCUUUCCGAACUUCGGCCUUCCAAGUAAUCUGAAACCCCACCCAACCGACCCAAACAAAAGACAAAUCGAGGUACUUAAGUAUUUGAUUCAGCUUCCGUUUACGUAGCUCAACAAGGAACUGCGACUUGAUUGUUCUACUUCUAUGUGAUUAUGACAACUUCUUCAAGAUCUUUUCCUUGUUGGUUGUUCAGACGAUGAGAUUUUGAAGUAUGUGUUUUCAUUCAGGUAACGGGUACGAACCAUGUCGGGGUCGGGGAGAAUCCGUUGACAGCCUAUAAUACGGACCAGAAUGGUCUCUUUGAGACACCAGCAUACUACGAUUUCGUGACGUACAAGUUGUUACUUAAAGCAAAAGACAAAUACAUCGUGCUUCCAACGAAGAACGCAAACCUCGAACUAUGUUGCUUUGUGCUGCCGGAAGAGCUGGCCCGGAAUCCACUAGACUUCACGCUCAUUUCCAGACAGUUGUCGUAUAUCCCGAACGAGCUGGGAACAGAUAUCACAAAUGCGUACACGCUUCCGGAAUCAGGCACACCACAACAAAUCAAAAGCGUGCCAGAGGUGAAUACUAUGCUUUUCCUUCUUUCUGCAUUGCAGCUAAAUUAGGAAUGCGUGCUGAACAAGAACAAGUUGGCGAUGCUGUAAAUAGAGACAAUGUCAAUGAACGGAUUGUAUUUUCGUUUUCUAAAGAUCCUAGUGUCUGCUAGUAAUUGAAAUGGAACCUAGUUGGAUGCAAAGCACCGACCCGCGACACACCUGGCACAGGCCUUUCUACGAAGCACUUAAUUUUUUCACGCACUGGUAACUCCCUUUCAAACCCAACUACAACAUUGAACAUCACUUUUACUCCUAGAUCGUGCGAGUAAACUUCUUCACGCAUGUGGAAGUGCGAUUCGACCCAGCUUUGUCGAAUGCUGAGUCCGUCGUUAGCUUCAAGGUCCAGGUGAAAUCAGAAUUGCGCAACGGCGCUCGUAUCGUCGCCACAGUGCCGGACCUCAGAAGAAAUCCGAACUCGCAAUCAUGGCAGGACUUCCUUCGCAGCAGUUGUACUUUUUUCCACUAUAUCGAUCUAGUAUUUUUAUAAUUUUUCACGGGCUGUUACUGUUUUACGUUGUUUGAGUAUAAUGGAGCUAAUGAAAAUUCUUUCAACAGCUACAACAAGUAGUUGAUUACAAAUGGCUCUCAACAUUUGACUACGAGUUGUACAACAACUAUUUGUUUCGGAACCGCCAUAAUCGUACUCCUUUGUCUUUUUUUAGCUUCGUCUGCCGUUUCGGAUAUAAGUGGGCCUGUCGGCUUCCAGACGACCGGAAGUGACUGGGUACUCUUCGAGUAUUUUGCGCAGUACAAUGCAACUGCGAAGGCUAUCACGUUCUUUUUGCGCACAGACAGCGUGCUGCCCGCUGGUAAGAUGAUUACCUUUAUGACAGUGAAGGACGACUUUACCCUGCCGAACUCGCUCCCCAGCAACAGUGAUCGCCUGAAGGUUGGCGCUUUUUCUUAUGACGGCGUCGACGAGAUGAUUCAGGCGACACCGGUCUUCCAAUCCGAUAGAAUUCAGGAAAUGCGCAUGUUCUUGCAGUCGCGGCUCGAGUAUAGUACACCCAGAACCAACGCAGAAGGUACGAAGAGCUACGUGGACGUUACACUCACUUUCCAGACGAACACGCCACUCUGGAAAGACAGCAUGGUAAUUUCUCCAUCACAAUAUAAAAAGAGAAAGGGUGCUGUUUUUUUUCGAGAAAUAAUCGUAAUCGUUAAAGAAAAAAACUGCUUUGUCAUUCUCGCGGAUUGUGAUUCAUCUUAUUUCGAUAGACUUUAUUCUGCCUCAUCUUUAUCUGGCAUAGUUAGUGUAAACCAUUUUCAUUUCUCCCAUCGCACAUGUUUUCCUCUACCACGCCUUUCUCUUUCUGAUGUCUUUCAUCUGUCUCUCCAGGUCUAUCUGCGUCUUCCCGGAUUUUCAUCGGAGGUGACUGAAGUUCAGAUAGUCGGCAAUGAGGUGAAGUUCUUCCGGAAUCAGGAGGCCGUUUUCGAUUUAGCUAAGAAUGAAUUGGCGAUGAAGGUGGUGAGAACCUUGUAUUCGCAGGCGCCAAAUUUAAUCGCCAUCACGCUUGUCGACCUCCAAAUUCCACCUGCCUUGUACGAAAACGACCCCUCCCUCCUUAUUUGGAACCAAGAUUGGGAUGGAGUGGAAUCCCCCAAAACAAGCAUCAUGGCCUCAGCGCCGAUCAAUAAUUAUGAACAAGGUGUAGGUAUACAGCGUGUUGUUUUAGUGGUAGACGAGAAUAUAUUUUAUUCAUUAUUGCCUGCGUGAAAAUUAAGAUUGCUUCCAAGAAUAGAGCGGAAAAAUGUUGACUAGCUGCACAAUCGAAGUUGUGACAUGAUAAAGAUGUUGAUCUGAUCAAAUUAUCCCUCUUGUUCGUUGUCAGCUACUUAAUUGUAAAUGAGCAAGAAAUCCUUGCUCAUAUGUAGAUACUUAUCGUACACGCGUUGUAGUUCUUCUUACAUAACUACGGUUUCGGUUCCUACAUCCAUCUCUUAGAUGACCUGUCUCUAAUUCUUUGGGCAGAAGGAGUUUACGCGUAGUGAGGUGAAGUUCUCGCCGAACGAGCCAGAUGUAGUUGCCAACGUGACGUUCACGAUCUUGCCGAGCAUUGUCUUCUAUCAGGGUGAUGAGGUUUUACUCUACUUGUACGGAUUUCGGUGUAGCUCGAGUGAGAUUCCGCUAGUCGGUCAAGACGCGUACCGAUUUUUUUCAUACGGAAAGAACUCGAGAGCGGACUGGACGCAGGACACGUUCACUUUGACAUUACGAGUGCGCGACGGCCACAUCUUGUCGAAUACACAAGCGACCGUGUUCCGCAUCGAGACCGAUAUAGGCUUUCGUUUGCCGGACAAGCUGAGCGAAAAUGAUGGUAUCCUGAACAUUGAGGGCCGAGGCGCUUACAUCGCGAAGGAGAUGCUGAAGAAGACCCCAGCUCUGGGCGGCAAGAAGUACAUCACGGACUCGCGCAUGGUUUUUGAGUCGGCGCAGGGCGCGUCGGGAACGCUGAGCAACAACAUCGCGCGUGUCUUGUUCAAUUUCAAGGCGAACUCCGACAUUCGUCCGAACAGUACUAUCAUCAUCACAAUGGGUGGUCUCACGAGGCAGGUGCCCACUGGAACGCCGGAAAGUGGCCCAAUCACGCUCAGUGGCAAAAAUGCGCCCAUGUUCGCUUAUCUUGGUGUGACGAGCAGCGGAUACUGGGACUCGGUCACUUCGGAGCUCCGCGCCACCAUCAUCCCAUCGCUUGCGCCAGUCCCGGCUGGAGUUGAGACGAGUAUUGAGUCUUCACCUGAUUCUGAUAACAUUCACCUUUUUAGUAGAGACUUCAUGAUAUCUUUUCUGAUUCAUCUUUAUCUCAUCAUCAAUUUCAGAAUUCAGAAACCAAGAAGACUACCUUGCUUUGCCUGCUUAGCUGGUUCUUUCGAGUUCAAUCUCAAUCUGGACCAUCAUUCUCAAAACUUCGAACAAAAACCAGUUUUCUUUUUGGAGAUCGAUCAGAUGUUCAAGCUACCGUUUGCGAUGUAUCUAAACGAUCCGUCAUUGAAAAUAUCGGUUCCUGCGGCUGGUAUACCUGAACAAUUUUUCAAUUUUACGACGCGGGUGAAUGAUAUGGGGAAACAGUUCACGGAGUCAAGACUCUCUUACGGUGCGGUCGGAAGUGUCGCGCACCCGAGUUCGCCCAUGGAUUUGACGAUCGAGUUCUCCACAAACGUGCAACUCCCCAGUGGAACGACGAUUCGACUGACGCUACCAGGUAAGAAUGUUCUUUAUCUUCUGCCAUCGCUAUGAUCGUGAAGAUAUAACAAACCAACAUUGUGAUGCAAAGAUCGGCACGCAGCUAGUGUCUACAAGGCAGUUGCUAUAUAAUUGCUAUGUGCUUUAUUUAUCAUUAUCACUUAUGUUGCUAUAAUUAUGAUAUACUUUAUAUAAGUGCAUUUUUGAGAUUGUUGUAUCGAUUAGAAAUAUUACCAUUUUUGACCCUUGAGCAAAGAACUCCUUAAUACAACCACAGGCUUCAUAUCCGCGGUUCUCGAACCGAAGCUAGAGCCACCAGCCGGGGAGUCAUUACUCCACUACUCGUACUUUUCGCGACGCGUCAUUCAAGUGACGACAACAGACACGACGGGUAUUUUUAGAGCGAAUGGAUGCAUCUUACUUUAUCUGAGAUUGUAUAUCGAUGAUGUGCUCCUUCGGUCUUGAUAGCACACAGACACCCAGCACUGUACUUGGUUUAAUUGGCCGUUCUAAAAAUUUGCCAGGCUUCACGCAGAAUCUGAAUGUUGUCGAGUAUUUUGGUGUGUGGAAUCAAGCUGCGUUCACGCUGGAUUUGACACUCCGCAACGGGCAGUUCAUCCCUCCUAACCAAGUGCAUAAGAUGACAAUCAAGAGUUCGCUCGCAAAUGAGGUUUUCCGCUUGCCGGAAAGGUUGGAACCGAACGAUCCUCGGCUCACAAUUCAGACAACCUCAAAGCAGAUUAUUCUUCCGCAGGCUAUUCGAAACAGCCCUCAAGUUGUCGAUCGCUCAUUCGAUAUCAGCACGUUUACCUACGAGCCAAGGUACAUUUAAGCAACAAGACAAGAAUGCUUCUAAUAUUUGAUAAUCGAAUUGAAAGCAGUUCUCAUUUUGGCGUUCAGGGGCAUAAAUCAACCAGCAUUGUUCGUAGAAACUUUUAGUAGCACAAGAACUAGUGCUAGUGCUACUCUCUUCAAAUAAAAAUGUAGAUCCAUUUAUUAACGCCCACUCUGGCUCUGCAGGAAUGCUCGGUCCACGUUCAUGAUGAGCAUGAUUUUCAAGCCAACAGUUGAUGUCGGAACAAACGACGACAUCGUGUUGCGUCUCUACGGCUUCACCAAUGCUCUCGGCCGACAACAAAUUCAUUUGACAGGUGCUGCAGCCGAUAUUUUUAGCUAGCUUGUUUCCUGCAUCAAUUUUUUCUUGCAAAGAGACGAAAAAGAUUGAAGCUAACGCUAUAGUCACGAAUUGUGUCUGCGUAUACUGACGCUGGUAAAAAGCGAAGUUGUAAGAACUAGACGUAUAAUUGAAAAAAGUGACAGCACCCUCCUCUACUCGUCGGAGAUGACAACACUUUCACUCACUUACAGUAGCUGCGAUCUUCUACAACAGGUAACGACGCAGCCUUGAUCGAGGGCUCAAAGGCCCAAUGGAACCCGACAACGCAGGACUUGACAAUCAAGAUUGCACGUGGCUCGAUCUUGAAAGCGAAUAGCACACUCUCACUGACAAUCCAGGAGUCUCAAGGCUUUCAGUUGCCGGCAACCUUGAACCAGAAUGACCCGACACUCUUGGUAAGAUUCGAUAGCAUCAUCUAUAUCAGUAAUAUGACCUCAUGAAUUGUUGAAAAAGCUCAAAUUCAGUUACCACACCCGCCGUAGUACCAUGACUUGAGCGCCCUUCUUACAUCAUGUAACUGUUGUUAUUCUACGUUUCUCGUACCCGCGAGCAAUAGACCGCUCUCAGUAAGAGUCGGAUUGAAUGUGAACAAUUAGACCAUCAACAACGAUUACUACCAGAUCAAAUCGGGAGUGAACAAUAUCAAGCAAGCUGCAGUGAAGAACAGUCCGAUGGUCGGAGAUGGACCGCACGAAGAUCAGCGGUUCUGCAUGUACCAGUACGAGACCGGGACGCGUACAAUUGAGCCACGAAUGAGUGUCUGUACCAUUCCUUGUGACGGGACCAUCAACUCCAUCAUUACCGACCCUUGCUCAACAGAGGAAUUACAGCGUUGCGGUUGCUUCGCGGAUCUAGCGCCGGAUGGUGCCGCAGUACCUCUGAAAAUCCGCGGAUUCCAGUUGGUAGAGUCCGAUCGCGUUGGCUUCGUACCUCUUGACGAACAGUGUCCGGAUCUACCUGAUAACUUCGUCACGUUUGUCGCGGGUAACACCUUUGGCUCGCAGGCUUCUUCGAGCUCAUCAUCCAAUGGGGGUGUUGGUAGUACUUAGUUAGAUCCGUUAUAUAGUUAUACUACAGUGUUAAUUACAACGUCAACCUAAGACUUUCGUCUACUUUUUCUUUACAUUACAACUAAUACUAAUGGACACUAGAGACGGCCCUAGGGCAAAGGCAGCAUUGUUGAUCUAGAUCUCAUGAAAGCCGUACUAAUUUUUGAAGAAUCAUAACCUAGUGAAAGAUCAAGUUCAUCAAUUGGUCCUUAGUAUAAUUCCUUCUCCUACUGAAAAAGAAAGCAAAUACUUGACAUCGAAUGAUGAAAGAAAAUGAAAAAGAAAGCCACUACUUAUCGACCAAAUUACAGCAUCCAGUCGGCGUCAGCGUCUGAGAGAAUUACUGGUGGAUGACCCGGUAGCCAAUCGGGAGUUGCCGGACGCCGCGUUAGAUCAUGCUGGCCAGUGGGGUGACACAGAGUUGGAGAAGCAUGAGCGCAUCCUGCGCAGACUGCGCGUCGAGAUGGCGAACCAGCGGCGCGACCGUGCCUUGCGGCGUCGGGCCGCGUUCAUGCGCCAAAUGCGUCGGCAGCUGCGUGCCAAGUUGCACAACCGUAGAACGGCACAUAUGUACGCCAGUCAAUGGCAAAAGUGCGGCUCUUCUGAUCUCCUGUGUCGUGCAGACGAGGAGGAGAACAUCGACACCUUCGAGGGAAUCGCGAACUUCGUGGAGGAGCGAAGAGGCGCAAGCUUGGCGACAGAAGAUAGGCAGAGCACCAAUGCUGUCUUGGCUGCCGGGACCGAAAUUCGUGAUGCCGCAGUCGCGUUGCCGGGGAGUGUAGAGGAUGAACUGUCCAAAAGUGCAGUACAAAGCUCAGCUUUGUCAGCGCACCAGACAAGCAGGUCUUUGAAGUCGUUUAAGAGCGCUAUUCCCGGGGCGGUUGUGGAUUGGCGUAUGCUUGUAGGAUCCUCGGAACUCGACGAGAUGAUCUUCGAGCAGCGCAAUAACGUCCUAAGGCCUGACUGGAAUGCAGGCGCCGACGACUUCCGCCUGGGUGCUGAAGCUUCCAUGUCCUGGUGGUCAGCGGCAGAUACGUUCACCAACGGAUACGACAACCAUCAAUCUGAAGCUGUUGUUGUAGGGACGUCAAUCAUUGCUGACGGUACUAUCAUGGAUACCGAUCGAGACGAAGAUGGCAGUGACCUGUUCGCGAAGGACGCCGGCUCACGAACGCGCUCUCUCCAGAGCAGUCGUCAACGCCGCACCCACGAAAUGAAAGCGGCUAAAGCAAGGAACUCGCGCUCAAAAGCAAAGAAGGUCCACCUCUCCGCAGAACAACGCAAUCUGGAGACGGAAUUGGAACAAAUGCUAGAUGAUUUAGAUGCUGAGAUUCUCCGCCGUAUCCAAAUCUCGAAUUUCGGAGGCGAAGUGCGAAAGGACCAGACUCAACUAGCCUUUUCGGAAGCAAACGAGAAAUCUCUAGAAGACGCAGCCUACGAGAUGUCUCAGGCCUACUUAGCUGCAUCUUACGAUGAGGAAUUCGACGGCGUUGAAGAUGGUACUUACAACUUCUUGUUGAUGAUUUCUUGUGGGUGUUCUGCUCCUGGCUAUCAUGAUUUAGAUUUUGGGAGGCAUACUAAGUAGAUCUACAUCUUGUGUUCUUUGUCUCUCUUGUGAGUUUCGUGCCUCUUUUCUCAUGCGAAUGAAAUGAUCACUAUCUACAAACUCCAUUUUGUUCACCGACUCAUCAUCGUUUUAGAUGAGAGCUUUGACGAGACCUUCGAGGGAAUGUCCGUUCGGCGUCGGUUGACGACGGUCACUGGCACCACGACGAUUGAUCCUUUGACGCAGUAUCAAGCUUUCUUGGCGUACGAUCCCUUUUCAGAAUUGGGCUUCUUCUCGAACUUCACGAGCCGUGAGUUGUCUCAGGGAGCCGAUGAGUUGACCUUCCACGACGUGACCGGUCUCGAAACGGGGUUUUACCGCAUCUGCUUCCAACAUUUUUCAGAGAUUUUCGAUGUCGGUAUGGUCAUUGUGCGUCCAUCCUGCCCGCCAGGAAAAGUGGCAGUAGAUGGCACAGUGUGCGUCACACACUGCCCGCCGAAUACGAUUCCGGUUGCGGGUCGGUGUGAGGACGAGGAAACCUUUGGGUACAAGAACUACCUUUGCUGAGCUUGACUUCACCAUUGAUUUGUUGGUCUUCUGGUUAAACGAUUUGAAAAUAUAAAGAUCUUCUUCAUUCAAGCUAAAGUUGCAACCACGACUCGCAGGUAUUCCGACCCGACGUUCUAUAUUCAAGCGGGUUUGUCGCAGCUGAAACCGGGACGAAGAUCACCGAUUUUUGUGGAACCGGGAACGAACUUCUCGUCAACAGCAUCCGUAGUUGCAUCGUCGGAGGCAGAAGCCCUCGCACAGACGGUGAGUACUAUACCCAUGUCUGCGCAAGAUGACCAAGCCCAGGUAGAUACACCGAUCACUUCACCCGACGCGGAUCCAAAUAUGCAGUUGUACAGGGUUGGCCAUCAGACGAACCCAUACCUGAACGGAACGACGUACGUGGCGACAACAACAAAAGGCGGAGUUGAGGAUGUCUACAGCCGAACUCUAAUGGUACCUCCACAGAAAAUUCUUCAUGGUUUAGCAUCCAUAGAUGUCUUGUGGCGUCCGAGAGGAUAGUUCAAUGCUUUGGCGUGAUGAAACAACACACCUUCAUGUUCACUUGCACUUAUCAUGGUUGUGCUGCACCUGCAAGACAACAUGAAAUGUAAAAAAAGCAUACUUGCCGUUGUCUCCACAUCCAGGUUCCCAUCAAAAUGUCGAGUCCUGAGGCGGUGUCCAAUAGUAUUUGGAAUCGAUCCGACGAGAACUCGGAGAGAAAAUACUACGUUUUCCAAUUCUCCUACGAGCUGGCGCAGCUUCUUGGCGUGUCCGCGGAAAACUUCGUGGUGGCUUCCAUCAACGAGGCGCGGACGGGAACCGGGAACGCAGCGACAACCGAGGGUGUCAUCGUGAAUACGAUUUUCACGCCCAGCGGAGACCGGCAGUCUCGCAGUGCCUUCGAGCUUUUGCAGUUGCUUCGUGCACUACAAGCGGACAUAUCAUCCGCGCUGUACGUGGAGGCGGACUUUUUCAAGAACAUAUUCCGCGACUUCCCAUUACAGAGUAUAUUCGUCUCGUUGUGUCCGGACAACAUCUAUCGGAGCAUUUGUCCUUACAUGGACAGCAUCAUGGAUGCGGACAUAGGCUUCAUCAUCUACAUAGCGUCUGUUCUCGGGAUCGCGCUGAUGCUCGCGCUGUUUCUCUUCGGCGCGUGGCGAUGUGAUCACGACCCUGCGGAUACGAAGAAGGACGACAAACAAUUCUUUCAGAAAGCCUCAAAAGGUCAGCCACAACUCCUUGAUCCAGGUCUCCAGAAUGAAUACGCGCGAUCAUGGCUCGAAGGACGAUACAUGGGAGAGGAAGUCUAA